CGUCUUCGUCAGUCGCUUGUAAACAUUCGAAGAUGUUCACCAAAGUAGUCGCAUUGUUCGGUUUAGUGGCUUUGGCUGCGGCCGCGGACCUCAGCGUGGGCAAAGAGGGCGGACAAUUAAUAUUCGACAAGAAUGUCACCGCCAGCCCUGCCAUCUGGAAACAAGUGCAGAACCUCACCGUGAACGCGACCGACGAUGCCCUCAUCACACGAGUGGUUGUCAUUGACAACAGGCCAGAGAAGGACGGAGAAGCCAAAGUGGUCGACGGAGGUGUAGGACACAACAACAUCACCAUCGAGCUGAAGAGUCCCACUGUGUUCAGAGGAUUUGACUUCACCGUGAAAGUGUUCGCGAAUGAAGGAGCCGUGCAGGUCCCGCAACAUCCAGUGUCUGUUGGAGCUAAUACUCAAGUGCCGGUUAAAAACGAUGUGCAAAAACCUCAGGACCCUAAAAACGAUGGUGACCUCAUGAUUGGAGGCCCAGCGUCGACACCCAGUACUACCGAAGCACAUAAGGAUGGCCAGGCCAAAGUGACCCCAGCUGUAGUGGGCCAGGAACAGGCAAGACCGAGCCGUGACACUCAGGAUCAGCAGCCAAAGGAGGUCAAGGGCCAGACCACCGUCUCUACACCCACUGAGCCGGCAGUUGUGGCAACUAAAGACGUGCAAGACAAGGAACACCACGACAAAACAGUGUUGAAGGACAUGGACCCUAGCCUCAAGCAAGCAUUGGACGCUAUCUUCCAAAACAACGCUUCACUGCAAUCUGACGACACCCAGAAAGUUGAGGUUCUCCCCAUCAAGCCAGAAAGUAAAAAAGACGGACAAGUCCCUCAAGUGCUGAAGGUAGAUGAGGUCACCACUCCUAAGGCUGAUGUUACAAGUACCACUCUCAAGAAUGAGGAGCAGAAACCAGUUCCCAGCACUGUAUCAACCACCAGUGAGGUUCCCUCCACUAAGGUGACCACUGAGUCUACAAAACUCGGUCAUAACGUGCAGACAACACACCAGUUGGAGCAGAACAUCAAAGGCCACCCGGUGCACGCGGUGCCCUUACCGUACAUUCAUUAAAUCUUACGUAAAAUGUGAUAUUUAACAUUAAGUAUUACGUAUAAGUAUUUAUAACAGCUGGAAGUGUUCCAACUCACAGUGUUUGCCAUUUAAGUAUUAAAUAAAAUAAUUUAUAAGUA